AUGAUGCGGCUCGCCCUGGCAUGGUGGAUCAGCUGCCUGUCUUCCAGGUUGGCUGAGGCGAAGGACUGUUCGCAAGGAUACUUUGAGCGUCCAGCACGGCCCAAGCGGGAUCCCACGGAACACAAUGGCCAGGCGCUCCGCGACGCGUGUUUCGACAAGAAGGCUUCCAUGCACGUCUUCGUAAUUGGUGACUGGGGCGGCGUGAAGUACAGCGAAGAGAUGCCGAUCAUGCCGGCGGACCACCGAUCUACGCUCUUCCCGAAGCGACACCGGAAGUUUGUUGAAGGCGUUGAUGAUUGCGCACAGCAGCGGGUGGCUGGACAGAUGCUGAACUGGGCCAUCCACAGCCCGCCCGACUACAUUCUCAACGUAGGAGACAACUUCUAUUGGGGUGGCGCCGAUAGCAAUUGCAGCGACAACGUGAUGGACAGCGGAUUCAGCUGGCAUCAGUGGGAGCCCAUCUACGAGUCCAUGUACACAGGUCCCGGAAUCGACGGGCGGCAAUGGCUAGGAAUCCUGGGUAACCAUGACUACGGAGGCUUUCUGUUCACUUCGGGCUGGCACGAGACGAUUUGGUACACCUGGGCAGCUGGCACGACAAGGCGAUGGCUGACGCCAGGCCAAUUCUGGCAGGUCAAGGUGCACUACCCCAGCUUUUCGAUCGACUACUACUUCGUGGACUCCAACAUCCACAAUGCCUGGGAGCCGAACAAGACCGUUGGGCACAACAUCUGUAGUGAGAAAUACAACGCCAAGAACUCGUCGUGCCCCCUCACAGGACCAUUUAGUCUCGACUCCUGCAAUGGCUGGUUUGGUGCGCUCUGGGAGGUUCAGAGCAGGUGGCUGGACCUGCGAUUGGGGCAGUCAACGGCCGACUGGCAAAUCGUCGUCUCUCACUUCCCGCCAGAGUACAACGCAGAAUACUGGUCCAAGUUUGGGCGCAAGCAUGGGCUCGAUCUGUUCAUUAGUGGCCACCGCCACUACCAGCAGCUUACGUUGAAGAACGAGACCACCUCUACAGCGCCCAGGUUUCCCUUCACGACCAUCAUCUCCGGCGGUGGCGGCGGGAUCACAUCCGAUCGCAUGCCGGAGCUGUAUGGGCUCGACGACGCCUACGGCUUCUUCGAUCUCAACCUCUCAAAGUCAGAGAUCCACAUCAGAGCGAUCUCUCACGGAGGUCUGGUUCGUCGAGAGGCACGGAUCAAGCCCGAGAUUCCUGAAGAAGCCGUGCACAUGGUGUGA